CAGUUCUCACGUUGGCGCUUUCCACUCAGGGUGUGCGCGCGCGCACAUAUACUCUCGCUUGCUGUUCCUGCGUUCUGUGUGUUCAAAGGGUCGCGAAUACUUCCGUACAUUCUUUCGCCGAUCACGCUUCACGCCAACGUAAGAUCGAUUGUUCCCAUCGUAGGCGUAGGCUGAGUGUUUGUUCGAGUAGCGAAGAGAUCUUUCACUUUCAUCGAGCUAGUUUGCAAACGAUUAAGAAGAGUUUCUGGUGAGCAAGGCUGGGCGAUGCACCCGGUUGGGAUUUCUACGGCAACGUGGUGGUCCACACGGUGCGGUUGGGAAGUGUGAACAGAAACCAGAUUAUUGUAAUUCACACCUGCAACCUGCCAUAAAGCGCAUAUCAACCGGCUUCUUUACUGUCGUGCAUUAGUAGGGGGAAAACCCUGCAAUAUCAUUACUUUAACACCAGCAAGAAAAAACCCUACUACCCGUGCGUGUAUGUUUGUGUAUCUGUGCUUGUGUGCGUACGUGUGUUUACUAAAUGCUGUCGCGUUUAGAGCAAAUUAAAAACGUCUCACUCACUGUGCACCCGCUGGUGUAGUAAAGAAAAAUGUUGUGUUUGCUACACUAAAUGUUUCAUUGCGCUACCCCCGCAUUGGCAUUGAUCUUGUUGUUAAUGUGUCUAUGUAUAUGUGUGUGUGUGUUUGUGUUUGUUUGUAUGUAUGUGUGUUUAACUGUAUGUGUGCUCAAUGUUUAUGCUCGCUCGCAAUGUGUUGUAGUCCAAGUAGCCCUGUUCCCUUCGUAACGUUCGUUAACCUUGAUAAUAGAAGAUCGUUUAAAAAAUAACGAUCGUGCGAUUGUUUCAUCGAAACAGCUCUCGAUCAAUGUCACGAUAGUGUGUGUGUGUGUGUGUGUGUGUGUGUAAAUUGCGGUAUAAAUGUAGCUAUGCUUUCACCACUUUUCCUGUACCAAGCAAACUACAUAUGUGGCUUAUGUGUUGCUCUGUAGUUUUGAAUCGAUUUAUGUUGUAAAAAACAAACCCUACUGUCCUGUCCCUGUCAGUAGUUGCGUCCAGUCCCGCCCAUAAACCCACACUGCUUGGACAUCAUUCGGACAUUAACAUUUAUCUGAAAGUGCGCCUGAAUCAUUCAUCUCGUCCCAGCAGAUCGUAGCGUAGUAAGAGGUGCGGCCACCACACUCGACACUGCACCAGUGCGCGGCACAUACCGGCGGCCAGUAAAAACAGCAGCAGCAGCGGCAGCAGCAAACACGCUGCCAAUAAGGAUCAUGACAGUGCGGAAAAAUAAUCUCCUUCGUUCGCCGCCUGCCAGCCGCGCCUGCACGACCAGCACGCGGAAAAAAGCGGAAUAAGAAACCGUGGUCGAACGCGUUAUCUCCUACUGUUGCCUUUUGCCGCAAGCAAGUGUCCCUGCGAUAGAGCGACAGGGAGACGAAGUCGCUUCACUCAACAAGUGUUUCCCGGUUGGGCCGUUUUCGUAAAAAAGAGCGCGUUGAAGUGUUGUAUGCCGCAGAGCAGUGUGCGUUAUCAAGUGUAUUUGUGUUCAUGUGUGUGUGUCUAUUUGUGUCCUAGGCUGUGUGUGUGUAAGUGUGUUAGCCACGAGGAGAAGUAAUUAAAAGAGAAAGAAGAAAUAAAGAAAAGAAAGUAAAAAGAAAGUAAAGCAUCGAUUGCGAUCUUAUCCUUUGACGAGAAAGCGAGGAAGUUCUGUUUGUUGUGAUUGUGUGUGUGUGAGUGUUUUGGGGUGAUCAAAGCCGUGUUCAGAGUUGUCACUAAGCCUCCCAGCGUUUUAGGGAAAUUUGCUAGUGUAUCAUUGUUUGUGUAUGUUCUGUGAUCUGUGUGUUUAUAUCACACAGUUGCGCGAUUGAUUCCUGGUUUUCGGUUUUCUCCGACCUCCCCCCACGUGUGUUCGUAAGUGUCGGCGGCAGGAAAGCGACUCCUCCGCGGCACUUUCCCACCUAUACCAAACCGGCAGCAUCGUGGUAUCUCCUCCACUCGCCCGGGAGGCUACGGUUGGCCCCGGUAUCGCACCGUUACCCGUUACCGCCACGAUGCUGAAUUCGCUCGAGGCGCUCGCGGGCAAGAUUUCGCCCGGCUCGGGCAAGAACUCGCCCUCGAACGGUACGGCCGGCGGCGGUGGCGGCAGCGAGAUGAUCGACAGCAACGGCAACAACAAGCUGCUCGCCGGCUACCAGCUCCGGACCAAGCUGCCCUACCAGAAGCCCGGCCUCAGCAACAACAACAACAACUGUAACGUGGUCAACAAUACGCCGGCCGCGGCCGGUAUCGUACCCGGCGGCGGUGGCCUACCGGUCGGGUUGCUCAGUCCGCAAGCGGUCGCCCUGCUGGGGGUCAGCAGUAUCGCCACCAGCAACACGAACGGCAACGGUGGUAAUGGCGGUACGGCCAACCUCGGUAACCUGAGCGCCACCACUGGAGCGGCGGCAGCGGCAGCAGCAGCAGCAGCCGCCAUCGCCGCAAGCAGCCAUCGUACGACGAACGGGACCAGCGACGCCAUGAUCGUGGACGACGUGCAGAUGAUGGGCGUAUCGUCGAAGGAAAAUGCCAUGCUGAACAUGAGCAACAGCAGCACCAACGCCGGCAGCAUCAAUGCGAACGUCGUCGUCACCAGCCUGAACCUCGGCAGCCCCGGAAGCAACAACAAUAACAAUCACACGCUGAACAACAACAAUCCGAAGGUGAUAAACAACAACACGGCGACGGCGAUGACGACGGGGUCGGCAACCGGCUCGGACGGUACGGCGUCCCCGUGCCACCAGGACAUGCACCUCAACAUGCACCACCAGCCGGGUGACGAGGAGGUGGUCGGGGACCAGCCCGAUCCGGACUAUAUCAAGAUGUUCGUCGGCCAGGUGCCCCGGUCGAUGGACGAGCAGCAGCUGAAGGAGAUGUUCGAGGAGUUCGGGCGGGUCCACCAGAUCAACGUGCUGCGGGACAAAACAUCCGGCCAGAGCAAGGGGUGCUGUUUUGUGACGUUUUACACUCGCAAGGCUGCGCUCAAGGCGCAGGACGCGCUGCACAACAUCAAGACGCUUGUCGGGAUGCACCAUCCGAUCCAGAUGAAGCCGGCUGACAGCGAGAAUCGAAAUGAGCGCAAGCUGUUCGUGGGUAUGCUUAGCAAAAAGUACAACGAGAACGAUGUUCGACAGCUGUUCUCGGGCCACGGUACGAUCGAGGAGUGUACGGUGCUGCGCGACCCGUCCGGGCAGAGUAAAGGCUGUGCUUUCGUAACAUUCGCAACCAAACAGGCCGCGAUCGGUGCAAUUAAGCAACUACACCAGAGCAAGACGAUGGAGGGCUGCUCGGCACCGCUGGUGGUAAAGUUUGCCGACACGCAGAAGGAAAAGGAUGCCAAACGGAUGCAACAGAUGCAGACGAACCUGUGGGGCAUGACCGGUAUCAAUCAGCCGAUCACGCAAUCGGUAACGCCGCUGACCGCGUCCGCCCAUCCGAACCCACCGCAGCAGCAGACCCCGUUCCUGGCGGCCGAUGCGAUCUCCCCGCCGCUCUCGCUGCUGCAGCAGCUGCAGGCCGUCGCCCAGCAGCAGCAUCUUUUGCAAGGACUUAGUGCUCAGACUGAUACGACCUCCGCCGCCGCCGCAAGCCUUCUCGCGCCGAUCUCGUUGCAGAAUCUGGUGACGCUAGCCGGUAUCACGCAGCCGUCGCUGCAAACGGCCGCCGCCGCCGCUGCCCAGACGCCGGCCACGGCCAUCAGCAAUGCAGCGACCUCCUUGUCCGGUCUGUUAGGGAAAACAGCAACGUCAGGGACAACCGGUGCUGAUACAGCCACGGGCCUGACUUCGUACGCCGCCUUACCGCAGUUUGGUGCAGCAGCAGCCACUGCAGCCGCAUUCACCCCGACGCCUUUAACCACGCCGACGCUAGCGCAAGCGGUGGCUGCCGCCGCCGGCAAGCAGAUUGAAGGACCGGAAGGUUGCAAUCUGUUCAUCUACCACCUGCCGCAGGAGUUCACCGACACCGAUCUCGCCUCGACCUUCCUGCCGUUCGGCAACGUCGUCUCGGCGAAGGUGUUCAUCGACAAGCAGACGAACCUGUCCAAGUGCUUCGGCUUCGUGUCGUUCGACAACGUGUCGUCGGCCCAGGCCGCGAUCCAGGCGAUGCACGGGUUCCAGAUCGGCACCAAGCGGCUGAAGGUGCAGCUCAAGCGCUCCAAGGACGCCUCCAAACCUUACUAGGAGUUGGGGCAGCUGGCGGCGACAGUGAACGCGCAGCUGCUGAGGUACUGCGCGGCUGCCGUCGCCACCGCUACCGCCACGAUCAUCGCAAGCGCAACAAUCAAUCGGCACGGAGGGGGAGCAGCAACUCCGGCGUCCAUCCGGACGCUGUCGCCUGUCGGUGCCGGCACCAGCAGCAGCCGAUUUGUCACCACAAACAACCUCAAAUUUACUACCAGCACCACCACCACCACCACCACUAGCAACAAUAGCAGCAACAGGCGGGAUCACUUGUCGUCCGGGGUCACAAGUAAGUCGUGAAAGUGUCACACGAUGGGUGCAUUCUUUGCCCGUUCGCUGCAGGAAAAAAUACGCCACCCACCACAGUCCUUCAUCAGCCCAGUACGAGAGAUAAAUCGGUGUGUGUAUGUGUGUGGGGACCGCCCCUGUAUCUGUACAGCAAACCGGGCUGUACGACGCGCCGGUACGGUUCAGUAAGCGGAAAACGGCGGGCAACGUUAACAAGUCAGAACAAGUUAGCAUAUUAGUUUCGCGCUGAGGAUCAUUCGCUUUGAUUAGGUUUAACGCAUAAGUUUACACACAUUCACACACACGAUCAAGUACGAUCGAUCGUACAUUUUGCGGUAGCUAAAGCAAAGGUUAGUUUCACAAACAAGUUGUGCGCAGAACAAAUGCUGAUAGCCAAGCGCUUGCGAUCUUAUUAUCGGUGGUUUAGUGUGAGGUUUUGAACUGAUUUUCACGUCAAAUGGCCAUUAUUCUUCAACUUUCUCUUAUACUACUACUACUCAAGCCCAUCCCCAUACAAUUACUUUUACAUGGUUUGAUUUUCGUUUCACUGCGUUAUGGAAUACUUUUCGUUUUUAUCUCUUAUGCUAUUAUUAAUUAAUCUGUUUCUGAACUCGCGAGCCACUGGAUUGGACGUUUUCUCGUUAUUAUCAUCCCUCUCCUUAGAGUAGAGGAAUUUUCAUCCUUAGCACAAUGAUUGUUAUUUGCUUAGCUUUUUCAUUUUUAGUUUUUUUUUUAAUUCAUCAUCCUUUAUUUUUUUCAUUAUUUUGAUCUGCAAGCAGCGUGAAGUGUACUUCGCACUACUUUGCUCACAAUUUUUUGACUGCUAGGUGUAUAAAGUCUGUGGCGCUCCCCCCUUUUUUUUCUUUCUUUGCCAACAUAACUAACAUUAUUGCUGCUGUUCUUGCAAAGUUUUAUCAGUCAGUGCUGCUCUUUUUGUUGUCAUUUUUUUGGAGGCGGACAUUAAGAACAGCAGCAAUAGCAAUGGAGCAAUCGUACAAAAAAGGGUGGGGACUCAAAUAUUACUAUUUAAAAAUGGGGGCGUUUUCUUUUUUGUGUUUAUCUGUUUUAUGUUGCAUCCCACUAAAGAAAAACUCGCUUCGUACGAAUCAACUUCACGUUAAAUAUUGCAUGUAAACACAUCCCACAUGAUAAGAGUGGUGGGUACACUACUGUAGCGCAUACCCCGAAAUGAAUGUGGGGUUUUUUUCUGUUUAUUUGGUUUAACUGUUUUAACUUUGUUUAAACAUAAUUCAAUGCAUGUUUCUUUGUUAACUGUUGCAAGACGCCUGAAAAGAGAGCGGGAUGCAGGUUUUUUUUUCUUCUCUCGACUAAUAUUCUCGCUGCUAUACUUUUUUGAAGUGUGAAGCGACAGCACCACCUUGAAAACAGCACUUUAUACACCGUAAUCGUAAUUAAACAACCUUCUUAUUCGUUGGAUUCCUUCUUUUUUUGUUAGUUAGUUUGUUUAAUUGCAUAUAAAAAUAGUGAAUUUGUGCACUUAGCAGGAUACACAAAAGAAAGGUAUCGUUUUAUGUUCAUUGAUGAAAUUGAGGAAAAAGUAGAUUUUCCCCCUACAAUAUGUAAUUGUACUUUGGGUUUGAAUAUUGCUCCCAUUAUCUUUUUAUGUUCCUUUUUGAUUUGUUAAUCUUAAUUUUCGUUUUUUUUUUCUUUAUUUCUACAAUGUAUAAGUUAUACCGCAAUUGGCUUUGAUCAGUUCAAAAAGAAAAUGAAAUACGCGCAUUUGUUACACAGUGCAGCAGUUAGUUCAGGAAACUUGCGUACGCAACCCAGGUGUGUGUGUGUGUCAUCUCCCGUUUAAAAUGUAGAAGAAGAAACAAAAAACAGCUCAGCGAACUUAAAGCAAACGCCCAUAGCUCUUAAGUGUGUUUGGUUUUUUUGUAGAAACCUUUUCUGUUUUCCUUCGAAAAUGUUCAGAUCGGUAUCAAGCGCCUGGAAAGAGCGAGCUAGGCAAUGAUAGGCAAUUGAAGAGCGAGAGAGAGGAAAAUCGUGUUUCAUUCACCGGGAAGUUAGCUGUGUUUGAUGUAUGAAGAAGUAUCAGCGCGUUUGUGUCGAUGUGUAAAAUCCCGUACUUAUCCCGCACCUUGCUUGUCGUAAUGUCAAUGGUAGUGCGCCGGAAGCGGGGCACGUACACACAAGAACAAGGUGCACCCGUUCCGAAGGGUACAACCACGGAAAAACCAAAUCAAACCGCGCGUGUAUAGGGAGGAAAAACAGGAAAGGGACGCGCGCUGGGCUGGGUACAUUCUCUGUGCUCACGUCAAUUGUGUUUUGGCGUAUUACAUGUAUAACUAUUUAUGUACAAUCGAAUUAAAUGUCAUUUAUUCAUUCAGCAGUUCCGUUUUUUUUUAUCGCUGUGGGGCAACAGCAACAGCUGUGUACAUUGCAAGCCUGCAAGAUCGAUCACAGCCGGACGGGGUGUGUGUGUGUGUCGGGGCUGCUGCACCAAUGCAAAAAAUCCUGGCACGCGCGCGCGCUCUUUGUUGGUGGACACACAUGCUUGAUAAUGAUUAUAAUUUCAAAUUACAGGCGUAAUUAGAUAAAUUGAUAGGGAAGUUCGCUUCGGUUCGAUUUGUGUGAGGAAAGGACGAACGGGGAAUGGGAGGGUCAGAUAACCACAAAUGACAUCCCGGCCCAUGGUCUCGACCACCUGGACGCUGCUGCCACAUUGGUAUUAAUCAGCUAGCGGCGGCGGCAGCCUACGGUUUUAGCUCAUAUUUCAAAACUCCCUUUCGCGCUGUUGACCUCGGCGGCACGGGCGUUGGUUUGUGGCAUUGGUUCCGAUGAAAGAAGCACACACACAACCACACAACCUGACCCCCUACCAAGUGGGUGGUGGGUGGAAGCGUUUGAAUUUGUAUGGCGGCUUCCGUGUGCACACAACUAGUUUAUGUGGCACGUCAUUUGAUCUCUGAUCUAUAAUCAUUUGCCAGAAGGAUAUCCAUAUUCAUUGGCUUUCCUCCCCUCCCCCAUUCCCUGCCAUCGUAGCCCUAGUGAGCUACAAAAGGACGAGAAGGGGACAGGUGUGAGGUUUGCGGCCGUCCAGGGCAAAUCCGGAACAAAAUACAUCCGACGGCGAAAUACUCUCUCUCUCUCUGUAAUUAGUUCGCGUUGGGUGUCAAGCCACCACCGGUGUGGUUUGACGGUGUGUGUGGGUGUGUGGGUGGCAGAUUGAGAGAAAGGGAUCGCACACACACACACAUCCGGUUGGCGGAUCAAUUUUCAUUAGCGUGGAAUUAGCGCAAUAUGAGUAAUGGCAACACACACACACACACCCGGCUACCCGGUUGGUGUGGUUUUGUUUUGUUUGGAGGCACUCAGUGUGUUUGUGUGUGUAUGUUUGACCGGUGGCCAGUGUUAAUAUCGUGGUUUUACUUCCCUCUGUGCGAGAGAGAAUGAGAGAGAGAGGAAGCAGUAUCCUUGGUUGCGCUUGUUCACUGCAUCCAUCUUGAACAGGUUCGAAGGCAAGAAGGCAAGCGGUUUCAGAGGAAAUUUAACAAGCGUGUUGAGGUCAAAUCUGGUUGACAAUGAGACACGUGUGUACCGUGGAAAACAAUGCGCCAAUGAGAAGCGGCAGAUAGAAGAGAAGAUGGAGGUCAGUUACGUACGGUGCACAUAUGCUCAGUACCUCCGACGACAACCGCCAAUAUUGUGUGUCAUCAAUAGGUGUAAUAAUGUUGGCAUUGAGGUGUGGAUGUGAGCGAAUGCGAUGGGGGUGGGUCGUGCCGUGUGCACCGUCCGAUAGUUACUUCUAAUUUAAACCCCAUUGAUUAUGAUUAAUUAUUUAAUUAUGUAAAUCCGACAAGGUGCGCUCGCGGACCGCGGUGUACGUGUAAGCCAACACUCUUGCAGUGUGCAGAGUGGAUAAGCAUAAGGUGUACCAAGGUGAUGAUGAGUGCAUGCGAAUUACUAACCUUCCAUCUGCACGAAGCGGCCCGCAAGCUUCCGGGGCAAGUUGCGGUUGAUUAGGUGUUAAGUUUUGGCAUCACAUUCAAUUAACCGCCGCAGCCCCCGAGCCACGUGAGAGCAGCUCCUUGUGGAAUACUGGCGAAAAUUUGAUCCCAUUUGUGUUGCACUAAAUACGCUAGUUGCCCUUCUACGCGGACACAAAUUAGUGGCGCUUUUUUUUUUUUUUUGGGUAUAGAUCGAUCGUUCUUUCCUUCUUUGUUGAUUGGGUCAUGUCCGUUUUUGUCACGAAAUGCUCUUUCAUUUCGAUUUUUUCAGAGAAUCUUCUUAAAAUUACGCCUUUUUAAGAACAAUCAAAUCUUAAGUAUCCUUUUUGUGUGCGAAAAAUGGCUCAUUGGUUCACGGGUGAACAAACGCAAACGGGGCAAGGAAUGUACAGCCCGCAAGACACGUGGUUAUCCCUACAAAAAUCCUCUUUUUCUACAAUUAUUAGCAAAAUAAAAGGAAAGCAGUCUUGUGAUGUGAUCGGAGGAGGUUGACAAACACAUUACUUUCAUCGUACGACGAGCGUCCGUUUUUUUGUAAAUGUUUAGGAAUUGUAGGAUAAAUUAAUUCGCGUAUCAAAGGGCCACACCAGCACAGAAGUACGGGGCGCCUCCAUGAAAGGAGGGAAAACGCACUAAAGGCCCCAGAUAGAAGAGGGUGAGAGUAGGGGUGAUGUGUAGAGCGUUUAAUUUCUGUUUCAUCGUCGCCAUUUUGUCACAAACUACAACGGUACAUUGCCAUCUUCAAUGCGCAAACGUCAUUUGUAUAAUGUACAGUGUAUAAAGUUGCAAAAAAAAAAAUUAUACGCGAAAGGUAGAGUGCGCAAGAGAAUGUGCACCACCAGCAACCACCACCAACAGCAAAAACACAAAGAAAACACGGCAAAAAAACCAAAUCUUGUUUGUAUGAUUAAUAACAAUUUUCGUUCGAUAAGUGGGGUUGGUUUCACCUUUCCGCUUCUUAGUUAAGGGCCAAAAGCAUAAUUAAAUAGUAAUAAUUUUCUUCAUUCUUUGUCAGUUACUUAUGCUUUCUUUAAUUCUCUACUGAGUGUUUUGUUUUCACUUGUUCGAUUGUUUGUUCUUUUCUUUGUUGUGCUGUUUUUUUUUGUUUUGACUUUAUCUUUUCUUUUUGUCUUGUCUUUGCUUGGUUUUCUUCGUACUCAACGUUUCAUUUCUCAUUUUAUAUAUCUAUUAUGCGAAGCAGUGCGAGCAGCGCGCGCAGAAGAGAGCCCGUGUGUAGUGUUUGUAGUAGUGUUUUAGUUUAGUUAGGUAGUUAGUAGUAGUGCUCAGGCAAAGAAGCAAACAAACAAACAGAAACAGCAGCGGCAAACAGCAGAACGAAACUCGUCGUUCAUCGUUGUGUGUGUGGCACCGGUAUUUGGUGCUUUGUAAUGUAUCUACGGACUAUAUUGUGUAGCUCGCGUGUGUGUGUGAAUGUUUGUGUGUGUGUGGUGUGUAUCACAACAGGAUGGGAUGUUUAAGGAUAGACAAUUACACAAACAAAGAAAAAAGAAAUCAUUAGUGUGAACGUGCAGACAGUGCAACAGUAGAUAAUAGAGCAAAGAAAGAGAGUUGCAAAAUAAUACAAAAGGUUAAAAAAAAAAAAAACAAAUAAAACACACGCGCCCUUGUUCAACAAAGAAAAGGGAAAAUAAAGCAAGCACACUGGAUGGUGAAUGUUAAAAAUACUAUUGUAAAAAAAAAAGCAAAGAUUUAAAAAUGUGUUAGUGGCUCCCCUCUUUUGGUUUGUGUAAGAAGUCACGGUGUUUGUGUGUGCGUGUGAUUUGGUCCGAAUUUUCACACACAAUCGCAUUGAUGAUGUAUAGAUAACGGAUAACUUUCAAAAGCGUGUUUCCCUCCUGCUGUGGAAAGCUUCAGAAAAAAACUGUACACUUACACCGAUAAGAAGAAGAAGAAGAAUAAAAAAACACAAAACAAACAAAAGCGGUGAAAGAGCGUUGCGUGGAAAAUACUAAAUGUGCCAGUUUAUAGAAAAAAAUGUAAAAUGAAAAAACGAAAGGGAGGAGAGCAACCAAAAACAAACAAAAAAAAAACGAAACCCAACAAGAGAAGAAAUGUGUUCGAAAUAAAACAGAAACAAACAAAAAACACUGAAACAAUGAUUUGAUGAAAUCGUAAAUAAGGAAGAAGUGUAGUAGUAAAAAGAAAACACACACAACCACAUACACAACAAACAGAAAAGAUGUGAAAAAGUCUAUUAGUAAAAGAAAAGAAAACAAGUAGAGAGAGCCCAGCCGUAGGUGCGCGAAAUUCGGUUUAAAAAGAGAGAUAAAAAGAAACAGAGAGAAAAGAAGAAAAACUUAACUAUAUAUAUAUUAUAUACACUAGGUACUUAUAUAUGAAUAUAUAUAUUAUAUACAACAGAGGCGAGAAAAGAGGGCGGAGAAGAAGAAAAACUGUACACGAGAAGAAAGAGGAGUGAAGAAAAGAAGCGAAGAAGGGUCCCUAUUCUGGCUUUUGUUUCCCCCGUUAAUGUUGUCCCCUCUAUGGCAGCUCUCGGUCGGGUCGGGUGUAUUCCCGUUGUAUUUCCCCUCUUGGCAUUAAGAUGUUCUUACCUUACCUCUCGCUGGACAGCAGUAAAGUCAGCAGCAGCAGCGCCAUUAGUUGAUUUGUUAUCACAAAUCAGUUGUCUCCACACAAAUAAUGUUUUCUUUAUUUGGUUGUUCCUUAAAAAAGGGACGAAACAGAUAAAAAAACAGUUCAAUAAUCCUGAAAAAGGAAAGACACAACAUAACAAAAGCAAACGAUUUCUCAUCUCAUCAAUGCUGCGGCAACAAGGCGACUAUCACAGAGCAAAAUCCAAGAAACCAGGUUAAAGUUCCCGAAGUUUUAUGUUGCGUCUUUUUGGGCUAUUACUGGUCCCAAACGCUCCCUUUUGUGUCCUUUGGCAGCUAUUGUAAACUUUACGAAAGCCCAGAUCCUUUGGACCUCAAUUUCCCUCACCUUCUUAUCCUUAGUACAUUAGUUUGCUCAUCAUCAUGUGCCAACGGGGGGAAAACACUGGGAAAUCGUACCCCGCCUCCCCUCAAUACCCCUUCUAAUUUCCUUUAUCAUUCUCCCACCUUGAUAAAGAUGAUUCUUUGCUCCUUGCUUCUUCUACACACCAACACUUCACAAAACUUUCUUUGUAUGGUUUAUUACUAUUAUUUGAUUUUACUUUGAAUUUUGAUAAGAAUAAAACCGUGUCGUUUCUUCGGCAGAGAGCGAGAGAGGCGGAGGAAGAAACUCGUGAAAAAUCACAAAACUGAAAA